CACAGACGUUUUGCAGAGCGCGCAGAAGAAGAAGCGGCACAUUCAUAAUCUCGUUGCUGCAUAUCAUCGCGCAAUCUCGAAAUCUCGGUUCGGCGCGAGAUCAAACGAGUCGGAGCGACGCGUGUUAAUUUCGUAAUAAUAUCGAAUUCAAUUAUUUUCACCGUAAUUAUUUAUCCGAUUUUCUGCUAUUCUAUUUUUUGAAAAAAUUUGACGAAUUUAUCUGUGUUAGUGACACGUAAUUUUUUAAUUUUAGAACCUGAGCGAUGUGAAAACAAGGAAAUUUUUACAAGUGCAAUACCGUUCGUGGACCGAUUUUACGCAAAGUUUUAUGCGUCUUCAUAAGUUUAUCAUCUUUAAAAUUCGCUAAAUGUAGUUUUAACGAUCGCCACACUUUUAUGGGCUGGAGAUUUUACGCGCUACGAAAGAUAAUUGUGACGCGGAUUUUUAUAAGUCUGCUAUAAAUAUUGAAUAUCAAACACCCGAAUCGAAUGAUAUAAUGUCCGCGGUGGUGCCAAAGUAUAAAAUUGUGAACAUCUGAUUUAGAUUGGUUUUCUAUCUGAUAAAACAAACUUGAGAGGCAAUGGAUUCAACGGAGAGACGAUCGUUCGACUUGGUCGAUUUGAUCGUGUUCAUUGGAAUGCUGGGCGUUUCUGCCCUCGUAGGCGUCUAUCAGUAUUAUGCGUCUAGAAAGAAGGCAGACGCUGUGGGAGAGUACCUCGUAGGCGGUCAAAAGAUGUCUAUAUUUCCAAUAAGCAUGUCACUGAUAGCAAGCUACGUGUCGGGCAUAGCAAUGUUGGGACUGCCGGCCGAAAUGUAUGUUUACGGUACGCAAUUAUGGUGCAUCGUGAUCGCGGAUUCUUUCGUGUCUCUGACGAUGGCGAUCGUGUAUCUGCCAGUUUUUUACGGGCUUCAAAUUACGUCAUCUUAUGAGUAUUUGGAGUUGAGGUUUAAUCGAGUGGUCAGGCUCAUGGGAUCAGUUAUCUUCAUCAUCAAGAUGCUGCUUUACAUACCGCUGGUGAUAUACGUGCCGGCGCUAGCCUUCAAUCAGGCGACUGGAAUGGACCUCUACACGAUCGCCUUGCUGGUCUGCGCCGUGUGUAUCUUCUACACGACGCUGGGUGGCUUGAAAGCGGUCGUCUGGACAGACACCAUUCAAACGGUGUUAAUGUUCGGUGCCGUCAUCGCCGUAGCGGCACUCGGCACAAGUAGGGUCGGCGGGGUGACGGAAGUAUGGAAAAGGAAUUUCGAUACCGGAAGAAUUGAGUUUUUCAAUAUGGAUCCGGAUCCUACGGUGAGGCAUACUUUCUGGUCCGUGGUGGUCGGCAACUAUUUAAAUUGGUUAGCCACGUGUUCGGUGAAUCAAGCGAUGGUGCAAAGGUGCCUGGCGAUGCCGAACUUGCGGAAGUCCAAUGUGGCGAUUAUGAUAAUGGCCGUAGGCAUAGUCAGCAUUGUCUCAUUAUGCUGCUACACGGGAAUCGUCAUCUACGCGGCCUUUUAUGACUGUGAUCCGGUCACGACAAAGCAAAUACAAAAGCCCGAUCAACUAUUACCAUACUUCGUGAUGGAGUUGUCAGACGCGAUACCGGGCUUGCCAGGACUAUUCGUUUCCGGUGUAUUCAGUGCGGCAUUAAGUACAAUGUCAACCGGAUUGAAUUCCAUGUCGGGCGUGAUCUACGAAGACAUGAUCAAGCCGUGUCUCCGUAAGCCGAUCUCCAACGUCGGCGCGAGUCGCAUAAUGAAAGCCACGGUUGUAAUAAUAGGAGCCAUUUGCGUGGGCCUCGUCUUCAUGGUGGAAAAACUAUCCGGUUUGAUUCAGGCUGGUAAAAGCUUGUCGGGAAUAACGGCUGGACCUUUACUUGGGGUGUUUACGUUGGGUAUGUUGUUUCCAAUGGCAAAUUCCAUGGGAGCGCUUGUCGGCGGGCUGCUUAGUCUGAAUUUGGUCGCUUGGAUCUCGUUCGGCACACAGGCGGCGAUCUCCAAUGGAUCGAUCUACUUCCCGGUGAAACCGGUGUCGGUGGAGAACUGCUCCGAGUCAUUGAGAAGCACCGUCGGGAAUUUCACAAUGAUCGUCGAGACUGCUGUCAGAGAGCAACCUUUCUUCCUGUACAAAUUGUCGUAUCUCUGGUAUACGUGGGUGGGUUUCCUAACUACGAUUCUGGUCGGCUUGUUAGUGUCGUGGUUCACGGGCCCAUCUAAGUACAGCCGCGCGGACAAGAGACUAUUUACUCCCGUUAUACACGGUCUUUUACGACCGGGGGAUCCUCAGAAAGCGAAUGAAGCUGAACUCGUGAAAAUGACGAAUGAGAUGAAGAAGGAUACGAUGACACAAACUUUUUCAAAAUCUUAGCUCUCGUUUUUUUUCUUUC